GAGGCUAUCCGUUUUCGUUUUUUUUUCAGGUUCCGUCUCGGAUAAUAACCGCGUGGAAUUGCCUAUAAACCCACGAUCAUUGGAUCGUCGAACCACGUACCCGAUCGAUCACCCCACCAAUAAUCGUGACGAUGACGCCGCCGCCGCCGCCGCCGCCGCCGAACUGCGCCUGGGGCUGGCCUUGCCACGCCCCCAGCGUCGGGUGGGCGCCGCUGCCGCGCGAAGAGGAGGCCGUGGUGUGUGAUCCGCUGCCGGACCUCGAGGCGCCACCAACGUCGCCGCGCGAAGAGGAGGCCGUGGUGUGCGAUCCGCUGCCGGACCUUGAGGCGCCACCACCGCCGCCGGCGAUUCCCGGCGCGACCGAUGAGCGGGUGGUGGACUGCUCGGCGGAGCCGGCGGGGUCCUUCACCGUCAUAAACUUCCUCCGGGGAGUGCUGGUCACACUGUGGGUGGGCAUGAUCUAUGCAAUGGUACACUACGCGUGGAGUAACUACCACGAAAAAGGCUGGGGGAUCAUGGUCGUGCUUGAAUUUGCUAUCGCCGUCGGUGUCACCCCUUACUUUGACAUUGCGGUUGAAGCCUUGGAUGACGCUGAAAGUAGUCAGUAGGGCAUGGGUUGCAUUUUUGUACUAUACUUUUAACGAGAUGUAUUUGUGUGCAUUUAGUUUUGGUAGCUUGAGUGUGAGACACUCAAUAAAAUAGAUUUGUGCAGUGAUUUAAAAAAA